AUAAAAAAUAAAACAAAAUUAUGAAAAAUUCAUAACGAAAAGUGAAACAAACUUAUCUUAAAGUAAAAAAAAAUAUAACACAGCCAUAAAAAAAUUUCCAAGAAUUUAAGGAAUUUAAAAAUCAUUUACUACCCAUACUACAACACAAUGCCAACAAUUAUUUGCUUUUGCAAAAAAAUAAACAAAUUAAUAAUAACGUAAAAGAAAAAUCACCUGGUCUAAGCAACUUUAUCUUGAACGUCAUCAGACAUAGACAUACCUUUAAAAAAAGAACUACAACUUUCUUGCUGAGUUAACAGAUUACUACUUGUAUAUGUUGGUUUUAAUUCCACAACUAUCACGAGCAGCAGAAUUAGCAAUAUUACAUCAAUUCUAGUUGGAGAUUUCACUUGAAUAUGGUAUUUUAUAUAUCAAUUUUUGGUAGAAACAUUGAGCCGCCAGAUAAAAUUUUGAAUACAGAAAAAAGUAUUGCCUGUAUCCAGGAUGAGCUCGGUCACCUAGGUCUUGGUGGUCCCACAGAUCUGCCCUAUAAGCCCGAAAUCACACAUCAGCAUCAACACCAGCCCCACACAAAUGUCGUAGUCGAUUGCAGUGACAGUAGUGCUGAAAAUACCUGCCAACACAGAUGGCCACCGAAUAGUGGCACAUUCGGACAUCCCGACAAGCCGAUCGGCUGGAUGUAUGGUCUGCUCGGUUGUAUGAAACCAGUAUUGUCGUUCAUAGGCAAGGCUGGUGUUAUAGAAAUAAAACAUCAAAAAGCCGAAGAUUGGGAAAUACCAUUUGAACACAUCAGCGACUUGGAGUGGCUGGGCAGUGGGGCUCAGGGGGCGGUGUUUAGUGGUAAAUUGAAAAAUGAAAUUGUGGCAGUUAAGAAAGUGAAAGAUGUCAAAGAGACGGAUAUCAAGCAUUUAAGAAAAUUAGAUCAUGAGAAUAUAAUCAAAUUUAAAGGUGUUUGCACACAAUCGCCAGUAUAUUGUAUUAUUAUGGAAUUUUGUCCUUAUGGUCCAUUACAAAAUAUACUCAAGGAAGAAGAAGUCAUGUUGCCGUCCCGCCUAGUUUCCUGGUCGAAACAAAUAGCAGUGGGUAUGCAAUAUCUUCAUUCUCACAAAAUAAUACAUCGAGAUUUAAAGAGCCCUAACAUUCUUAUAAGUACAAAUGAAAUUGUUAAAAUAAGUGAUUUUGGCACCAGCCGCGAAUGGAAUGAGAUUAGUACGAAAAUGAGUUUUGCCGGCACCGUGGCCUGGAUGGCCCCCGAAGUUAUACGCAAUGAGCCGUGCUCAGAGAAGGUGGACAUUUGGUCGUAUGGCGUGGUGCUUUGGGAAAUGUUAACGUGUGAAAUACCCUACAAAGAUGUUGAUUCAUCGGCCAUUAUUUGGGGUGUGGGCAAUAAUUCCCUGAAACUGCCCAUACCCUCCAGUUGUCCAGAUGGCUUUAAGCUGUUGGUGAAGUUGUGUUGGAAUACCAAACCCCGUAACCGUCCCUCGUUUAGACAAAUUUUAUCGCAUUUAGAAAUUGCCGGUCCCGAGCUGUUGCGCAAAACCGAAAAACAAUAUUUCGAAACGCAACGUUCGUGGAAGGAAGAGGUAAGAUCUCACAUGAAAGAGAUGACCCAGAAUGGCACCAGUAUUCAUAAGUUUGAGCAGGACUUGAUAAGGCGGCGUACGGCAGAGUGGCGACAUGCUCAGGAUAUACGCAUGGUGUACGAGGAUAAAUUGGAGAAAACGAAUCGUUUGUAUUUGGAGUUGAGCGAAUGUAUGUCACAAUUGCAGGAAAAGGAAAAAGAGAUUGCAGAGCGAGAGAAAAAAUUACCCGGCUAUAAACCCUCCCGACGUUUUGGCACUACUUUACGUAAAAUGCAGUAUUAUCGACGAAGACUCAAUGGCCCUCCCUUGAUGAUAACAGCAUCUACAUCAACACACCAGCAGCAGCAGCAACAGCAAACUCAACAACAGUCUUCAGCCACACCAGAUCCUGAAACUACACCAGAGAGUCCCGUCAAAUGUACUCUCUAUGCUCAAUUAGAUAGUUCAUCGUCUCAACCCAAAUCCUAUUGUGUCACCUCACAAAAAGCUAAAAAAUCCAGACAUCGAAGAGUUGGCUCCGGUACAUUUGCCGCCACCCCCAAAUACAGUCCUUGUCGGGAUAGACGCUAUCAAAGUGAACCGGAAAAUCGUAAAGUCAAACUGGUUGACACUGAGACUCAAACGGAUGCCAUGGAUGUUAGUGAGACGGACAUAAGCCCAAGUGCUGGCUGUCCAUCGCGUGAUAUCUCAAUGGUUCUGGAACAUCACUGCCCACAACAUACCGUCACAUCACAACCCAUUGAUGUACCGCAGACAGUACAACGAAACGCCAGACAACAGGUGGCUGAGCCUCAAACGGCACAACAGCUGAUGGAACAACGACUGCAAAAUCAAAUGCAAUAUAGUACAUCGCCCAUGACCAUGACGCCCACUAGCCCCAAUGGCAACUCAUUGACCACUAGCGAUCUAACAUUUCAGGAUGCCUGCUCUAGUCCCGAUCAGUUGCUUGAUGAUGUCAUGAAUAGCAAUGAACGUCUCGACAUAACCGGUUGUUGUAGUGACAAUGAAAAUCUCGAACGGCUGGGCCGUAAAGUUAUUGAACUCAUCAAUGAGAAUCGUCUGUCCAUGCACUCAACGACCAUAACAUCGAACAACAGUAAUAGCAACAGCAUCACCACCAACAACACAAACACUAACAUCACUACCACCGCGUCCAACAAUCAAAAUCAAACAUGCUCCCACUCCAACACCACCACAACGGUCUUACACAACUCCGCGGUCAGUACAGAAAAUGGCAAUUCGGAAUGUUUGGCGGGUCGCGAUACUACAGAUGAUGCGGUUGAUUUACGUACUCCUCGCUUAUCGCGUUGUUCUAGUGUACAUCGGAAUUCCAUGCGCCAGCAGGUGAGUGGUGGUGGCAGCGAUUUGGUGGGUAAUGUUUUAAAUGCCAAUGGUUUGGAAUCGAAUGAGGAAAUAUGCGAGGACAGCUGGUCCGACGAGGAGGGCGAGGAUACCGAUUAUAAUUAUUCAUUAAGGAGACGAAGUAUCGGCCGCCUACCCAUUGGACGAGGCAUGCGAGCCCGACGUUGCUACAAAACACCCAUCACACAAAAAGUCUCAAUACAAAAACGUAAUGCCAUCAUUAUAUCAGACGAAGAAAAUACUUCCGAAUAUAGUCAUUCACCAUCCAGUCAACAUUCCACACUCGAAAGUAAUCCCGAUAUGCCAGAAGCCUUACAAAAAAUGAAAAUAGCAGCUAAUAAUACAAAUAUAACAGGCAAUCAGCAGCAUCAUCACCACCAUCAUCAUCACACCAGCUCUAAAUUAUCCACAACAACGACGACAACCACAACAGAUUCGGAAACAUCCGAAUCUAGUGAGGCUGAAUCGGGUGAUGAUGAAGAUGUCUCAUAUGAUUUGCCAACCGUUUCAUCAUCAACAGCCACCACCACCACAACAGCAAUAGCAACAACCAGGCAGCCAUCGUUUAGUAAGAAAAAGUCAUCACAUAACCAGCUAGUAAGAGAUUCUAAUAAUGCUUCCUUUAAACAAAAACAAUUAGCAAAUAGCGCAAAAAAUCGCCACAAUAAAAGCGAUAUUAUUUCAAUACCCACAUAUGAUAAAGAUGGGGCUAUAAAUAUGGUUUAGGUCCUUAAAAAAAAAUUAUAAAAUUAAAAGAACUUUACAGCUUUUCUUUAUUAAGGCUGAAGUUUUAGAGUUUGAUUUUUCUAUUUUUUUGCGUUUAAACUCAGUCUAAACUCUAAAAUUUUGGGAAAAAAACUUUAUAUAUUUUGCCAUGAUGUUUGUUUUACAAACACAAAUACACUUUAAUAAACAACUUACAACUACAAAAAAUACUUACAUAAGUAUAUUAUAUUGAUAUACUCAACAACAAAAGAAAAACAAACAAGAAAAAAAUACAAUACAAAAACAUAAUUACUUAGUAAAUUAAUUUAUUUAAUUAAUGUUAUAUUAUAUUCUCUAUAUGUUAUCUACUUUAUAAUUAUGCACUCACUCUCAUCAUAAGUAACCAGGGGAUAAGUGCGUAAAAGCAGUAAUUUGCAACACUGCAAAAUAAUAAAAGUUUAGCGUUGGCAUCACUACUGCAGAUUUUUAACGGUGAUGCCAAACCCUUUGCAGAGUUUUUGCAGUGUUGCCAUACAUUUACUGGUUUUAUGCACCCACUCAAACAUAAAUUUUAAGUGAGACUUAGUAUAGGCACAUUUUUCCCAUCUAUUGGGGUUAAAUUUUAAAAUUUGUUACAUAAAGUAACAGUUUUUAAGUAAAUUUAACCUUGAAGAGGAGAAAGGUGCCUUUUCUUUUAAAUGUGUAUUGUUGUGAUUUAGCUGAAAUUCCAAAUUGACAUUCCUUUUUAUAUUAAAUAUAAAAGUAUUUAGUAUAUUAGUCAUUCCAUAUUUAAUACAAACAAGCUGCCCGAUCCGGCUUAGCAAUUUACUACAUUUAUGUGUACAUUUUACAUGUGUUUUGUUUUUGUUAACAUUUUUGUUACAAUAACAAAACACAUGUAAAAUUUACACUCAAAGUACACGCUUGUACGCACAUACAAUUUUCUGAAAUUAAGCGAAUUCACUUAAUUGUGAAUAAAUUCGAAAAUAAUCCAUCGAUUUUUAUGAUCGAUAUCUCAUUUUAUUUCUAUUACAUGUGGCUUUAAGAUAAAGCAAUAAAUCUAAACAAUUUCUGCCGUUUUCGAUUUUUCAUGAUUUUUUUAAAACAAAAAAAAUUGGAUAUUUUUAAAUAAAAAAUAUAUUUUUUGCUUCAAUUUGUUAUUAUAACUCCGAAACUACUGAGCCGAUUAAAACGCAAUAUAUAUGUAAAAAUUUGUACAUAGCAUGGGGAAAAUGUUUUCAACAUUCAAUCAAUCAAAAGAACAACAUUAAUUACUCAAUUUUAUGAAUAUCAAACAAAAAAGAUAAAUUUUGUAAAAAUGAGCGAAUUCACUUAAUUGUGAAUAAAUUCGAAAAUAAUCCAUCGAUUUUUAUGAUCGAUAUCUCAUUUUAUUUCUAUUACAUGUGGCUUUAAGAUAAAGCAAUAAAUCUAAACAAUUUCUGCCGUUUUCGAUUUUUCAUGUGUUUUUUAAAACACAAAAAUUUGUUAUUUUCACAUAAAAAAUAUAUUUCUUGCUUCCAUUUUUUAUUAUAACUCCGAAACUACUGAGCCGAUUAAAACACAAUAUAUAAACAGAUUAAAGGUUAUUUAAAUUUGAACUUUUCUAAGUUUACUUCAAUAAUAUCGGGCUAACCCUUUUUGAGUUAUCAUAAAUUAUGUGGAGAAACAUCUAAAAAAAAUUCACAAUUUUCGAAAAAAAAAAAAUUUUUAAAAAUCUAACCAUAGAAUUCAAAAAUUUUGCAUCAAAUCUAUAUAGUGGUUAGUGCAGCCUUUUUUUUGCUUUUGACCUGUGUAAUGAAUUACUUCUAUAAAGAAUGAAUUCUUAAAGAAAUGAAUUUAAGACGUUUGAAUUAUUAAGGAAUUAUGCCCAGGAAUUAAUUCAUUAUGAAUUCUUAAUUGAAAUGGUUAAGAGAACAAAUUUAAUUUAAUGCUGAACAUUGAAUUAAGAAAUAAUUCUUUCGAAACUUUAUUUGUAGUCUAGAUUUCAAUUGAUAUUUUUAUCCACAAAUAUUUAGCAGUUUAUGAAGCUUUCUAGUUCGUUUUUGUUAAGGCGAGUUAAUACAAGGCGGAUGCAGUGGCAAAUUUAAACAAAUAUUAGCGAAUUUUGGUUUUGAUUUUGAAAUGUUAUUUAAACUUUGUUUAUUAAACUCGAAACUAGAUUUACUCGUGGUUAAGGGACUAUUAAUUGUUAAUGUUAUAUUUUAAGCUGUUAGUUAAACUUCGCUUAAGAGUCAAUUAAUUAAUUUUGUUUAUAAAUGGAGAAUAUUAAUCUCUCUAUAUAUAAAAAAAUUAUAAUUUUAUUAGAAUUUGCUUGAAUUGACCCUUGCAUCCAGCUUGAAUUUAUUUGGUUCUAAAUAUACGACAUCACUGUAUUUGGUACUGAUUUUGAAAUGUUAUUUAAACUUUGUUUAUUAAACUGGAAAUUAUUUAAUCUCGUGGUUAAGAAACUAUUAAUUUAUUAUUGUGUUAUUCUAAGCUGUUAAACUUCGCUUAAGAGCUGUUUAUUUAAACCCAACUAAAUUUAACUUAUCAAGCUAUUAAAAACAAUCAAUUUAUCCAGGAUUCUCGCGUUUUAUAAAUAAACAACUUUCGUAGAUACCUGUGUAAUAAAAAGUCCGCCUGUCUUUUCAGGCAACAUAUUUUAUUAGUAUUAUUUAUUAAAUACGAAACUAUUUUAACUAGUUGUUUAUGAACGAUAAAUGAAGAGCCUCAGAAAAAAAGGUACUUUUUUGAAAAUUUUAAAAUUUUGGGAAAUUGAUUUUUUUUCUAGAAGAUUUCAACUCAAAUAUCAUAAAAAUAUCAAAAAAUCAAUUUGUAAAAAAAUUCGAAAAAGUACCUUUUGUUCUGCGGCUCCUCAACUGUUAUUUUAGAUUAGUUUUUGAGCUGUUAGUUAAACUUUAAUUAAUUCAUGUUUAAGAACCGUUAAUUUUUUAAAAAUUACAUUACCAAACGCCCUUUUCAGACGAGAUGCAUUUGAUAUAAAAGAAUGUUUUGUGGAUCGCAAGCUGUCGAACGAAAAUUGUUAUUUAAAAAAAAAUUAUUUACUCAAUUUAUGCAAACACUCUACAUGAAAAUUGGACUAAUAUAACUUUCAGUUGUAUAUUUGUUGAAAGAUAGAAGUCGUGUUGAAUUUAACUAUGUUUAAUAAGUUAUAACAUUUCGAAAUCUAGGCCUAUCUAUUUGCAGAGCUGAAAUCUCUAGGCUAUACAUGAUCCAGCUCGAUCACAAAACAAUGAAGACAUCUAAAACUGGAUAUUCUCCUAAAGUUCAAGUUUAAACUAUGUUUAACUCAACAACAUUCCAAUUUAGGGGCUAAAACCUAAACUUGAUAAGUAGUUAACGCUUAAUUACAUUUCAAUUUAGGGGCUAAAGUUCAUGUUAAACUUUGUUUAACUGAUAAUUAAUUACAUUCCAUUCUUAUUUUGUUACUUUCUUAAAGAAACAUCACAAAAAUAUACAUCUCAAACAGACAUUAGUUGAGGUUUAAACUAGGUUUAACUAAUAAGUAUGCUUAAUUAAUGACAUUCCAUAAAAACAAAUUUUUAACAAUGAAUUUUUAUUAAAACUCCAGGCUAUUUAAAAUGAUCUAAUAGUUUCUUUGUGAAAAAGAGUUUAAAAAAAUCUUUUAGUAAAACUCCCUUUUCCAGCUAAAUCACUCAAUACACUUUAACUAUAUACACUGGCAAAAAAAUAAUCUACCCCUUCUAAUUUCUAAUUACUCUUAUACAUACCAUGUAAUGUAGUCUAUAUGUGAGUAAACAUACAUAAUUCUUAAUGUCGUUAUUAUUAUAUGAUGCAAAAGAAACAAACAAAUUAUUCAAUUUAAAAAAAAAUUAAAUUUAACAAAAAAAAAAAAAAUACAAAAUCUAUUCAAAAUUAAUAUUUAAUUAAGUUCUACAAAAAAUAUUAAAAAAACAAAAUUAUAUAGACCUUAAAUUUGUCUAUACCAUAAUUAGUUUAGGAACUACACUUUAAAAAAUGGCUAUUUAAUAAAAUUUCUUCAAGAAAUAUUCUGUGAUUUUUAAAAAAUUUAAACUAAUUAAUACAAGGAGUGCAGUUAUUUCGUAUUUUCAAAAUAUUUAAGGUGUAGUUCGUUACGUUACAAAAAAAAAACAAAAAUGAAACGCAUAUAAAUGAAAGAAAUUAAUUGUUUAGUUAAUAACUAAUGUAUGAUUCUCUAAAUGUACUCAAUUUAAAUUUAAACAUUUGGUUUUCUUUUUUUUUUAUAUACAUAUUAUAAUUUUUAUUAGUUUUUACAAGAAAACAAAUCUAAUACAUCAACAUACGUCCUAUAGUAAAAAUAGAAAGAAACAAAAUAAUUGAAAUAAUAAUUACGAAUAAUAUUUACAGUGAAUUGAUUGAUGUUUAGCAACAUUGAAAAUGCAAAAGCUUGCAAAUGCAGUUUUUUAAUUGCGAUUGCACUUUUAUUUUCUUUUGUUUAAACAAUGUUUGUCUCACUAAAAUAUGGCAACAUCUCAACAAACAAUGAUUUUUCUUUGUUUAAUUUCUUGCACUUUCUUCAUUAUCUUGAUGUCGCCAUAUUGAAAAGAGAGAAUUAGAUUAAUAAACAUUGAAAAAAAGCUAAACCAUUUUGAAUAUUGCAAUGACAAACAAACAAUUGUUUUUCUUUAUAUAUUUUCUUUCACUUUCUCUAUUAUGUUAAUUGUCGCCAUAUUGAAAAGAGAGAAUGAGAGCAAUGUACAUUAAAAAAAGCUAAACUAUUUUCAAUGUUGCAAUCAAAGUAAAUUAAUUUACUUUGGUUGCAAUGAUAAACAAACAAUUGUUUUUCUUUGUUUAUUUUCUUUCACAUUCUCUAUUAUUUUAAUGUCGCCAUAUUGAAAAGAGAGAAAGAGAGCAAUAUACAUUACAAUGUAUAUUUCGUUGUUGGAUUGCAAAAAAAAGCUGCAACAAUUUGCAUCAAACACUAAACUCGCCAUUGUUUUUUUUAAAUAUUUUUGCAAAUGUUGACUGCCAUUUGCAUUUAAUACUAAACACCAGCAUUAUUGCAUUUUCCGAUGCAAUAGUUUGUAAAUCAAUGGUGCUCUUUUCUGUAUUUAAUUCACUGUAAAUGUUUAUUUUCACACUUAAAUGUAUGUAUGAAAUACUUAAAAAUAUUUAUUUGCGGCAAAUAAAAAUCUAAUAGUAUAAAAACUAACUUUAAGUUAACUCAAUAAGUCUGUGGUUUUGUUCAACUUUAUUUUCGCUACCUUAGUAGUUUUUAAAAUUAAAUAUAAUUUAAUAUAUGUAUGUAUGUACAUAUGUAUAUGUGUCUAUUUCCCUAAAUUGUAAUUUUAUGUAUAUUUUAUUUAGUUUUAUUAGAGACAAACAACAAACAUAUAAUUUUUUUGUGAUUAUAAUUGUAAUUGUGUAUUAUCUAUAAAUUUUUUGUGUAUAUUAUUAUAACUUAGUUUUUAGUUGUAAAUUUAUAAAAAAUAAAGCAAAAUUUUGUUGCUGGGAUCAAAACUACAAAAAACAAAAAAUACUUCAAUUACAUAAUUUUUAUUUAUGUUUAAUAUAUGUAUAUCAUUUUAUUAUAAUUCCAAUUUUGAUUUUGUGUUUCUUCUCCUGUGUUUUUAGUUUGCACAAAAUUCUUGCUUCAGUGCCUUAAUGCAAAAAUAAAUUAUUGUGCUGCAUUAAAUACAAAUUUUGAGGAAAAUUUAAUAAAAUAAUAAUAAUAAAUUACACAAAAUUAUUAAGAAAAACAAAAGUAAUUUAUAAUUAUAAUAAUAAAAAAAGCAACAAAAUAUUACUUUAUAUUUAGAAAGUAAUAAUACAUGUAAUAUUAUUAAAUAUUUUAAGCCAAUAUAUAUACUACUACAUAUAUUUUAGCUUAUACACUGGAAAAAAUUAUAAUAAAACCAACAAAAAGCAUAUAUUAGAUUUAAAACGUAAAAGAAAAUAAAACAAAAAUUAAAAUCGUAUAAAAAAAAUUACAAAAAAAAACAGAAUAAGGCAUAUUCCACGUAUAUUAAUUAUAAAAUAUACAUAAAAUAAAUAAAUCAUAAAAACAGAAAGAAAAAAAA